UUGCCGAGCAAUCGGCAAAAACGGACGCGUCACAACGUCCCGCGCUCCUCGACGCACGCUCGCGAUAACAAGUGUUUGUGUUUAUCAAAUCAUCAAAUAAAACCAUUUCGAAUAAAGAAUACAUAAUAGUGACGUCACUGUUGCGAUGUUUUGUUCCCCAAUCACGUGGUUGGUUGUGUUAAACGCCAAAGCGGCCGGCUCGUACGUUACAUUGAACGGUGGAUUUCUAAUGAAAUAUUAAUCGUCCCAUGCGAUAACCAAGUGAAUCAAAACUAAAGUGAAACGUGUACAAAACAACAAAACCAGUGCAAAACAAAAACAAAAACCAAAAAACAUUGCAAAACAAGUAAUGAAAAAAUGCCGAAAACAUGUAUAACUCGGACAGGACGCUGACCCAUAUCGAGUAGAAGUGCAAACAUUAACGUUGCGCGUGAGUGUGUGUGAGACUGUCAGGUGGAGAUGAGGCGGGGGGCGUCGGUGCCCCCGCGCCUCUUAUCAGGAGAUAAGGCGCCGUGGCCCCCAAGCAGCACCGCCUCGACAAACGUGGUGGACUCAUCACUGUGACCAGGUCGCUUGGAUUUAAGCGGCCGCCGCCCGCAAUGUUGCAUACACUGAACGCACUCGCCGGCAAAAUAUCCCCGGGCGGCGGCCUAGACUCAAAUGCGAAUCGACAUACGCAGCCGAACAAGAACCACAAGACGUCACCAUCGUCGCCCUACACCAAACCGAAUGGGAUGAACAUGAACAUCAACAAUAACAACAGCACCAGUAUAAACAACAACAACAACGAUGAGAAGCCUGAAAUGCCUGACCCUGACUAUAUCAAGAUGUUCGUAGGGCAGGUGCCCCGCAGCAUGGACGAGAACGACCUGCGUCAGAUGUUCGAGGAGUUCGGCAGGGUGCACCAGAUCAACGUGCUGCGGGACAAGAUCACUGGAGCCAGCAAAGGGUGCUGUUUUGUGACGUUUUUCACUCGCAAAGCGGCGUUGAAAGCCCAAGACGCUUUGCACAAUAUCAAAACAUUGAGCGGGAUGCACCACCCUAUUCAGAUGAAGCCGGCUGACAGUGAAAACAGAAAUGAACGCAAGCUAUUCGUGGGCAUGUUGAACAAGAAGCUGUCGGAGAACGACGUGAGGGCCUUAUUUGCAGGCCAUGGCGCCAUCGAGGAGUGCACCGUGCUGCGGGACGCGCAGGGCCAGAGCAAGGGCUGUGCCUUCGUCACCUUCGUGUCCAAGCAGGCUGCCAUUGCUGCCAUUAAGGCGUUACACCACAGUCAAACAAUGGAAGGUUGUUCAGCACCGCUGGUCGUGAAAUUCGCUGAUACGCAAAAAGAGAAGGAGCAGAAGAAAUUGCAAGCCAUGCAGGCGAGCUUAUGGGGUCUUACGGCCCCCAUAGCCCCGGCGACGUACCUCGCGUCAGAGGCCGCGCUGUCGCCGGCGACGCAACUGCAACUGUUGCAGCAACUCCAAGCAGUCGGGUUGCAGCAACAACUGUUGCAAGGACAGGGGUCCACGCUGUUGCAAGGUGUUAACUAUCAGGAUAUCGGUUUCAAUGGUGCAGGCCUGAGUGGGAGUACCGUGGGCGGCGUGGGGUCUUUAGGUGGGGGUGCAGCGGACCAGCUCGGGGGUCUUUUAGCCCCCGUGUCGGUGCAGAACUUGGCUGCGCUUGCGGCUAUGACGCAACCGCCCGUAGUGACGCAGGCGGCACCGAUUCAGCAAGCCACCGCGCCGCAACAAGCAGCCCCGCCCUUGUGUCUUCUCGGGAAGACUAACAUCACAGGGUCCACAGCCGAGCCUCUCGGUUCAGCAUACGCUGCUCAAUUCGGCACAGCUUUCGCUGCAGCACCGCUAGGAUCCGUACUAGGCUCAGCAGCCGCCGCAGCCGCUGGAAAGCAGGUUGAAGGUACGGGUAAUCUUUAUUUUGCUGGUCCUGAAGGCGGGAACCUGUUCAUUUACCACCUGCCUCAGGAGUUCACCGACACGGACUUGGCGUCCACUUUCCUGCCGUUCGGCCACGUGAUAUCGGCCAAAGUGUUCAUAGACAAACAGACGAACCUGUCAAAGUGCUUCGGUUUUGUCUCGUACGACAAUGCGGCGUCCGCGCAGGCCGCCAUUCAGGCCAUGAACGGUUUCCAAAUAGGUACAAAGAGACUCAAAGUUCAAUUGAAACGUUCUAAAGAACUAUCGAGACCGUACUAAAUAUUCCAGAACUCGUUCCUAGUGAAUUUACAAAAAAAAAAGAGUAAAAAACUUUUGCAAAGAGGUUGUAAAAUUCCGAACGUUUGUUGUGAUGUAUCCGGUGCACUUGAGCUGACAUAGUUUGGUAAGGUACGUUCGUAACGGUCGAGUCCACGUGCACAGUUGUUAACUAAAUAAGAAUAACGUUAAGGUUUGUGUCAAAGGAUUUAUCGUUUCCAAAGUAUUCCCCAAAUUGUUUAUUAUUAUUAUUAUAUUUUUUCUUAACAUUUAAGUUUUAGUCACAUUAAGCAUAAGUUGAAGGAUCGAUACAUUUCGCAGACGCCAAAGAGCUGGUAAUUGUUUGAUGUAUGUCAUAUCUGCAGCGAUAUAACUGGCGAGCAAAUUGUUUAUUCAUAUUAUAAAGAUGUAUUUUUCAUCAUCCAAAGUUUCGGUGGGUACCGAAGUGCCCAGCACCGAUAAGUAUUUGCUUAUACACCGUUAAGUUCAUUAGAACAAUUAUAAUUAUUAUUUGUUACAAUUAUUUUUUUCUUUUAUUUUUAUGUUACCAACUUGAUAGUUAAUUGUAAAAUAAUAUAAUUAUUGUGGCCAUUGUCAGUUUUGCAGUCAACUUUUUCGUUUAAAAUUUUAAGUGUUUAGAUUAACGAAUUGAUCUCAAAGUGAUCAGUGUAUUUAUUGUUUACAAAUACUUGUUGUCAAAUAGUGUACUUAACAUGUGAGGACCUGGUCCGUAUCCACGGCUUGUCCGAUAUCUACCUACAUGCGAAGAUAUUUCAAAUAUUUUCCGAACGAAACACGUCAAUUAAGAACGCAACUAUUCAGUGGAAAAUUGACAUUAACAGCGCGACUAUCGUCCAACUAACCCUAUUGUUAAGCUUAUUUAUCGCGUUAUGAAAUCAAAUUUUAUAUUUAAGUUAUAUUAUUGCAGUGUCGAGGAAAUAAAGACACUAUUUAUCAGUAAGGAUCUACGAACAUCUCCGUUUAAAUGUUACAAACUUUAAUGUUACCAUGCGUAAAUUUUGAGAUCGAAUUCCGUUACUUCGCCUGAAUUUCGAACAGUGAAUUCAAAUGUUGAUGAAACUUUCUAGAAGAAAACUUAUGAAAUGUUUGAAAUAUCUUCGUGUUAAUUACUUAACUACUAUUGUGCUUGUUUUGUGUAAUUAAUGUAAUACUUUAACACAGUCAACAACAUUUAUACGAUUUUAACACAUCGAACACUGGCCCUUUAGUCAAAAAUUUUUGUUAGUAUAAGUAUUUAAUUAUAGAAAUAUUUUCGUAUGUAAGUUUUGGUAUUUCAUUCAUCUUCUUAAAAAUAUGUUUCUAUAUAAAAUAUUGUUCGUCACUAUUUACCUAAUAGUCACUGGCACAUUUUGAUUGUUUCAUAAUUUUGUAAUAUUUACGCGCCAUCAUGUAACGGGAAAAUACCGCACUAUCUGAAUGCAAAUAAGAUUAAAAGUGAGAAGCAACUCUCAGGGAAUCAAUCAUAAGCUAACACUAUAAUUAAGUUAAUAAUAUCAAUGUCAUUAUCUACUAAUAUACGUAAAACUGUGGGAUAUCGCAAUAACAGGAAAAAAUAACUAUUUUCAGAAACAUUUGUAACUAUCGGUAUUUUUCCGUGACACUGGCUGUAAAUAUAAAAGUUUACCUUCUAAUUAGCUAUUAAAUUAAGUAUUAAUUACAUUUAUUUCUUGAAUACGACCACUUUUAAUAUUAUAAAAACGCUCAAUAGGUGAAAAAAUAAGGGAGCUUUAUUUACCGUUUGGGGGGAUAACUGAAUAGUUUAUUUAAUUUUUUUUUCGUUUACGAAAAUGUUUAAGGUUACAAAUAUCAAUUGUUUUUAAUUAUUUUUGUUAAUAACUUGUGCCAAUGCGUUUGUUUCGAAAAGAGCUACGACCAAUCUUAAGUCUAAAAAUUGUGGAUUUCUUUAGAUGUAAUUAGUGAUGUACAAAGUCAGUCUUGCAUCAAGACGGAGUUAUCGAGGCGCGAGACAAGACGAAAAUAAUAUUAUCUAUUUAUUUGUUCAUCGUAGGACUGUCGUAAAGUUGGUCCACAAUUAUUCUUACUUUGCGCAUCACUAAUCAUGAUUUUUGUUUCUUCUAAAAGAACUGAUGUAGAGAGAGCAUCAUUAUUAUAAUAACUUAAUUAAAUUUAGUUGAGUAUUAUUAUUAUAUUUAAAAAAAAGUUUAUCAAGAUGGGUCUAUAUUAUUUAGUUUAAUUUUAGUCAACGUUUGAUGUCUAAUGAAAGACAAUAUCUAGACUGAAUAAGUUUCCUUCUUAGAUGUUACAGCGAUACAAUUUUUGUCUUGUGAUUCCUUUAGUAAGUUCAUUAGUCGACACUGUAAACAUCUUUUUUCUUCGUCUUGCAAAUAUUAUUUUCUUGUUGUUAAGGUAAAUAAAUUAUUAUAAAGGCAUGUACGUAUUGUUAAAAAAGUGGACAUUGGGAAUAUUGAUAUAGAGUAAAUGGAGUUACGAUCCUGGACACGACCACUCGUUUAGCCUCUUAAACGUCGUCGAUAUUAUUGCUCGGGCUGCAAUGUAGUGUUGCCAUUUAUUUUUCGUGGCUUCUCUGUGUUGGGACAUUUGUAUUCUGUACAUAGUCAUGAAAUACGUUAAAAUAAACGCAUAGCUUUUGCAGUUUGCAGCCCUAACAGUAACAUUGGCGUACCCAACGUGUGAUCUAGAUAGACGUCAAAAAUAUUGUGAAUAGAAUUUUUUACCUACAAUUUUCUAGGUGUUUGACGGGGAACCUUAUUGUUGCUAUUGCCUAAGUUUUAUACCACCAAAUGAUUGGAAAAGCGUAUAGAAGACAAAGGCAUUUUUGUUUAAGAGAAAGGUAUUUUUGGUGACCGUCUGGUUACCGUCCGCUUGCUUCUAUCGAUAUUUGAACCGAUACGCCACUGUGAGUAUUAUCGAUAAAAAAUAUCUUCUUAUCUUGGAAGUUCACCAAUUUGCAAGGGCGUCGAUCUAUUUAUACACGGUUGGUUCGAAUAUCGAUAUACCUUGUCGAUAUAGGUUACAAUGUCGCCAGGAGCCUGCAAUGUUACCGAUGAAAUGCCAUAAGCUUAUUUUUCAAGGUCAAUGUUUUUCCUAAGCAUUUUAUUAUAAAUGUCGCCUUUGAUGCUAACAAAAUUUAUUUACCUAUUACCUAAACUCGUAGGUAUCUACCAAUGUAAAAUCUGAUUAUGUCAAAACAAUUAUGUUUUAUUUUUAUGAAUUUCUUGCUGAGAACAUCAUGAAAAUAUCCUCACAAAUAAAAAAAAACUAGAUGUCAUUUUUUGUGACGUAAGUUUUUCUAAAAAAUGUAGAGGAUUGAACUAUCACUGAUGUGUCUCUUAUUUCGAAAAUGAGUGAUUUAUUUAUACCCAGAUUCUUACAAUUUCGAUCAUGAACUGUAAGAUGAAAUGUAAAGAAAACCUUUCCCUACGUUGACUUAGCCGACUUUAGAUGACUUCUCGACUAGACUUUUGUCAUUGGAUUAGACUAACCAUGUUAAAAAAACUAAUAACAAUUUUGAUUGUUAACUUGACUCAAAAUUUCGAACAGUUAUUUAAUCGAGAAGAUAUUUUGAAUAUCGAUGUUAUAUUAAAAACUACAAAAAACUCACAGAAUCUGGGUGCGUUAUGCAAUUUAUAAAUUUUUGAAUUGUAUACUUACUUUGAAAGGCAUAGAAUAGCUUGAUAGUUUAUAUCGAGUCACGGUAUGAUUAAAAGCAUAUCCAAAAAUUGAGGCAAGAAAAUAUAAAAUUUAUUUUUACAUUCUCGCGGCACCACACUAGUUAUAAAAUUGGUAUGGAAAAUUAUAAAAGAACUGUUUUAUACAAACACCCGUUUUGUUGAUAUGAAUGUAAAUAAAUGUCAAGUUAAAAA